AUGCCGGGUGUAAUGGAAGAGCACACAGCAAGGAUGGCCGCUCUACUGGCAACACUGUGUCUUCUGACGCUAGCCUCCGCCGAACACUUCCAUCACCACGUCCAACAUCAUCACGAGCACGUCAAAGCCAUCACGGUGACCAAGAAGGUGCCUGUGCCGUACCCUGUCAUCGUCGAGAAGAAAGUGCCUUACACCGUGGAGGUGCCAGUCGAUAAACCGUACCCGGUCCACGUGCCCAAGCCGUACCCCGUCUAUGUCGAGAAGAAAGUGCCGUACACAGUCAAGGAGUACGUCCCGCAGCCCUACACGGUCUACAAGAAGGAGCCGUACCCGGUCGAGGUGCCCGUCGACAAGCCGUAUCCCGUCCACGUCCCUAAACCUUACCCCGUGGUCGUCGAGAAGAAAGUUCCUUACACGGUGGAGAAGCACGUGCCGUACCCUGUAAAAGUGGCUGUGGACAAACCAUACCCCGUCCACGUGCCUGUCGUCAAGCAUGUCCCGUACACUGUAGAGAAGAAGGUGCCUUACAAGGUAGAGGUGCCUGUGGAGAAGCCCGUACCUGUGUCUGUUCCCAAGCCUUAUACGGUCGUUGUGGAGAAGAAGGUGCCUUAUACAGUAGAGAAGCCGGUGCCUUACCCUGUCAAGGUGCCUGUAUAUCACCAUCACCACGAGAUCGGUCAUGAGUAUGGACAUGAGUAUGGACACGAUUUUGACGAAUUUCAUAGUUCCUCAGGUGUUUCAGAAGAGCCACAUGAGAGAAACCCACACAAUGUAAGAGAAAACGGUGUCACAUCAGCGGAGAUGAAGCGUCUUCUAGUCUUGUUGUUGGUGACUGCUGUCUUCGCUGAGGAGAAGAAGGUAGAAGAGAAGAAAGAAGAGAAGAAACAUGGCAAGAGAGGAAUAGAAGACUUCGGUGGACACGAGUUCAGUGGUGGAGACUUUGGAGGCCACGACUUCAGCAACCAUCGCCACCACGAGGUGAAGACCAUCACGAUAGAGAAGGAGGUGAAGGUGCCGUACCCGGUCCACGUGGAGAAGAAGGUACCGUACCCUGUCAAGGUGCACGUCGAGAGACCGGUCCCAUACCCUGUGGAGAAACCUUACCCGGUGACUGUGGAGAAGAAAGUGCCUUACCCUGUCAAGGAGUACAUCUCUAAACCUUACCCCGUCGAGAAGAAGAUUCCUUACCCCGUCAAGGUGCUAGUUGAAAAGCCAGUCCCCUACCCUGUGGAGAAGCCUUACCCCGUCUACGUAGAGAAGAAGGUGCCUUACCCUGUAGAGAAACACAUCCCUUACCCUGUCAAGGUGCAUGUCCCCCGGCCUGUCCCCUAUCACGUUCCUGUUGUCAAACACGUCCCUUACCCCGUCGAGAAGAAAGUUCCUUAUCCCGUCAAGGUGCCAGUUGAGAAGCCAGUCCCCUACCCUGUGGAGAAGCCUUACCCCAUCUACGUAGAGAAGAAGGUUCCCUACCCGGUGGAGAAGGAGGUGCCGUAUCCAGUCAAGGUUCCGGUUCACAUCCCGGUCCAUGUCCACAAGCAUCAUGAGCACGAGGGACAUCACUUCGGAGGACAUCACUUCGGAGGACAUCACUUUGAUGGUUUUCAUCAAGAACAUCAAUAUCAUUUCUAGGAUGGCCUUCAUAGUCAAGGGCUUCAGUUACUCAACAUAGAAACAAAUGUGGUUUAAUAAUGUGUGUCAUAAUGUAAUUAGUCUACUAAAUGAAAUACACGGAAAUAAAUAAGUCUAGGCUACAACGAAUUCUGUUUUGCAUCAUAUUUUUGUUUCAUAGAUUGUGUCAUAAUAUCCUUAAUUAUGAGGUAAAUAGCCAUAUAAGCUCCUUCUAUUUAGUUGGCCGCAAACUAUUAAUACUAUUAUACAGUUAUCUAAUAGUGAGAAUAGUCACUUUAUUUCAUUGUAAAAAUGUUUUAUAUUGUGGUUUAAAAAUAUAAAUUUAAUCUUGUUAA